GAAGGAAAAUGGGAAAAAUAAUCUAAUUAAACCGAAAAUUAUGUUUCCAUACAUUGUUUAGUCAUUUAGAAUAUUCCAAAAUGUUCCCCUUAGUUAGACAGAGGGUUUUAAAUAAGUACCUUAAAAUAUUGAGGUUAAGUAUUGUCGACUACAGCAACUUACCCGAUUUAAAGAAGUUAAAUGUGGUCAGGACAGUGGAGAAGACAAUAGAUAACAAUACCAGCAUAUUCAUAGAGAGUCCUAUACACGUGAAGGUGCAGCCCAUCGAUGUGAACGAUUUGAAAGCUCACAACAAGUUGACUAUGACUCUUUACAGUCAAGGUAAAGCUACGAGUGAUUUUCAAGUGAAGCAGACCUCCAAGCGGCUAGAACUCCUAAAUAAGAAUGCCAGUUCUGAUUUCAACGACGUAUGUUUGAUACAUGUCCCCUACCACCUCAAGGUCCAAGUUACUACUACUGAAAACGCAUCAGUGCAUUUGUCUAAACUAGAAGGGGAGGAUUUUAUAGUAAAAACAGAUAAAGGAGGUGUCAACGUCUCCGAUUUGAAGGCACAGAAUAUUAAAGUCGAUAGUGCAGAGGGGCAAGUGCAAACGGAAGGAAGACUGCAAGCUGCCAACAUAGAGAUCAAAACAGGUCUUAAUUCCGGUAUUAAUUGUAACAACAUUAUGGCAAAUUCCUUCAUUGUAACUACACACGCUGGCCCAAUAUCUGUUAAGUCUUGUUACAGUGAUAAGUCACAUUUUACAACACUAAUGGGCAAUAUUAGACUGGAUCAUCUACAUCGGUCUGUGAUGAUAGAUGUUAUAAAACAAGGCAACUUGCACAUAACUGGCUUCUCUGGGAACUUGCAGGCAUCAUUAAAAAGUGGAGAGGUGUUUAUGCAUGCUUCCCAAUUGACUGACAAAAGCAGUAUUUUCAUUCAUGAGAAGGGUAAAGUAGAGUUACUGAUACAUGAUAUUUUGAAGAAUUUACCAGCGACAAAUUUGAUAGCGGAAAAAAUUCAAGUGGAUGAGAAAAUAUUGAAAUUGGGCCGGUUCAUGGACGAUAGUCAUCCUAAGAGGUUCCGGUUCGAAGGGGAGCCGCAGCACGAGUUGCACAUAGUAUGCAAAAAUGGUUCUAUUGAAUUGAGAGAAACUGAUAUGCCAUUUGAGAUUUAGAUAUCCAUUGUAGUGCUAGUAAUUGGUAUAUAUUACUGAGGAAGUAUUAACAAUAUCCCCAGUUGGGUGUGAGGAGGACUUAUUAAGAAUGAGACAUUUUGGUUUUAAUUAAGAAGAUGAUAUUAAUUUAUUUUAUUAA